AUGCACAAGGAGAGCAGUGUCUUUGGGCCCGAGGAGCAAGGGGGGGGCGAGGGCCAGAACUCGGGAGCAACCACCCAUUCAGCCUACAUUGAGGUCAUACAGACAAGCCUGGGGCGGGAAAACCAUGACUUAGCAGCACUGGGAGCUGACAGUGUGCCGCAGCCUGCGUUUUCAUCUACCAGUAAUGCCGGCAUUGCCAGUGGGAGUGAAGCGGCUGCACAAGAAGUGACAUCAGUGAGGCCUCAGGAUACAGAUGAGGAGGAUGAUGACGAGAGGGAGUUUAUCGACGAGUUUGGCUUCAUAAUUGACAGGGAACAAAAGGAUAGGGAACUGCUUUAUGUUAAGAAUAUAGAUGGGAAGAAAGUAGUUCGUCGUGAGGUCAAGUGGGCAAACAUGGCUUCUGACUGGGACAAGGUGAACUCCAAGCGACAUGCUCUUUUGAAGGAGCGUUGCCGCAAAGGGAUACCCGCACGCUUCCGUGGUGUGGCCUGGCAAUUACUGCUUGGGUCACACAAGCAGAUGUUGGAUCCCGCCAUUCGAGGUACAUACGCAUCCCUGUACAACAAAGAGCUUGCGGAUGAGGAAUUGGCGCAGGUUAUUGAGCGGGAUUUGGCACGAACUUUUCCAACACAUAUUCUUUUUAGAGAAGAGGGAGGUGUUGGACAGACGUUUUUGCGUAAUGUACUUCAUGCUUACGCCUGCAUAGAUCCGGAGGUGGGGUAUGUACAAGGUAUGGGCUUUGUUGUUGGUGCACUCUCCACCCAGAUGGAGGAGGAAGAGACAUUUUGGGCAUUACACACGCUGAUGUACGAUAGUCGAUAUACACUUCGUGAGAUGUACCGACCUGGGUUUCCUAUGCUGCAACAAUUUUUUUAUCAGCUGAGCCAACUCAUGGCUCGCUUGUUGCCCAAGUUGUACAGUCACUUUGAAUCCGUGGGGAUGCAUCCGUCCUUCUAUGCCUCACAGUGGUUUAUGACAUUGUUUGUAUAUCACUUUCCGUUUCGUGCCCUGCUGCGGGUCUGGGACAUCUUCAUGAGCGAAGGAUGGAAGAUCAUUUUUCGUGUUGCAAUCGCGUUGAUGAAGUGGGAAGAGAAGCGGCUUGUGAAAAUGCCGUUUGACGAGGCUAUCCCCGCAUUGAAAAAAAUGCAUGAAGGAAAAGAUCCGGAUGAGAUAUUGCGCCGUGCACAAGCGGUUAAGUUCAAAACCUCAGAAUUGCAGGCGUACAGUGACGCAUAUUGGCGCAUGCAGAAUACGAUGUAG